CAAGGUAUUCGUCUGUAUAAGAUCAUGUCUACCACGAUUUUUCUCUUGUUGUGUUUAAAUCACGUGACUGGAUUUUUGGAUCUGCCUCUUCUGAUAAACAACCCUCUGCAUGGCGGAAGUUUUCUGGAGCGAGCUAAAUCUAUCUUGCGACGAGUUCCUUUAGUUGACGGUCACAAUGACCUACCCUGGCACACAAUGCAAGCAUUCAAAGGCCAGCUGAGUGGUUUGAACUUGAAGCACGACACGAGGACGCAGUUUCCCUACGACCCGACCAACCCGUCCCAGACUGAUAUACCACGACUACGACAGGGUCUGCUCGGUGCUCAGAUGUGGUCUGGCUACACGAGGUGUGGAAACCAGUACAAGGAUGCGGUGCGCUGGGGUCUCAGCAUGAUUGACUUGAUUAAGAGGAUGGUCCACAAGUACCAUGACACACUCCAGUUCGUCACCACUGCAGACGGAAUUAUGAACGCUUUCAGAAAAGGAAAAAUCGCUUCAAUGAUUGGCAUGGAAGGGGGUCACAUGAUUGACAGUAGUUUGGCUGUAUUACGUAUGUUCUAUGAACUUGGUGUGCGCUAUCUGACCUUGACAUGGAGCUGUGAUACGCCAUGGGCUGAUAAUUACAAGGACACGCGAUAUAACACUCCACACAACCACGGUCUGUCCAAGUUUGGCGAGCACGUCGUGGGGGAGAUGAACCGGCUGGGAAUGAUGGUGGACAUCUCGCACGUCGGAGACGACACCAUGAACGACGUGCUCGACGUCUCGGCGGCACCCGUCAUCUUCAGCCACUCCUCCGUAUACUCGCUGUGUCCACACCACCGCAACGUGCAAGACAACGUGCUGAGACGACUGAAACACAACAACGGCAUCAUCAUGAUAAAUUUUUACCCUGUCUUCAUCAACUGUACACUUGAAAACAAACACGACGACGACAAUAGAACUGCUUCGGUGAGCCAAGUUGCAGAUCAUUUCGACUACGUGCGCAAUCUGAUCGGCUCUGACCACCUGGGAGUUGGUGCAGACUAUGACGGCGCUGAUAUGGUGGGAGAGCUGAACGACGUGUCCACAUACCCGAUACUGUUUGCCGAGCUGCUUCGUCGUGGCUGGUCCGAGCAGGAGCUGGAGAAGGUCGCAUACAGGAACUUCUACAGGGUCUUCAAGGACGUCGAGAGGGUUAGAGAUCAUAAAAGACACGAAGAACCAGAUGAAAUGUUGAUUGAUCAGUCUGAAGUGCCAAAUCAAACAUGUUCCACUAUCAACGAUGUGUGGAAACCAGUCUAGAAAACAUUCUCAUUAUUGUGGUUUUCAUUGAAAUCAGUCUCUAAUAAAUUUUAUUUUUAAAACAGAUA